AUGUCGGGCGCCUUCCCUCGCUGGCUUGGGGCGAAGGAGCUUCAACAGGAAGCGGCCAAGGAUGUUGCAAAGGUGGACGCAGAGUUCUCCGACUUGCUGCAGAAGCAAGCGCUGGAGCGAAACGCCCUCAGGGAAGAGGUUGAGGACCUGAAGCGGAAGCAGGCAGCAGACCGUGAGCUUGCAGCUUCCAAUGUGCGCGAUCGUGAGAAGGCUGCCGAGGAUCUCCAGGAGCUUGAGCAAGAGCUUGCGAAACUCCGGGUGGAGGAGGAGGAGCUUGUCCACGCGCAUGUGACUCUCAAGGCCGGGCUGCUCGCACAGCGCCGGCGCGCGCGCAGCGUGCCUGGGCCGGGAUCGCCAAGCUCCCGGACGUCCUCGGAAGCGCGAGGAUCGCCGCCGAUCAACCGGCCGAGACCAGCUUCUGUGCCAGCGAACUCCCCUGCAAAUUCCAUGGAGGCAAACUCGCCUCGGAACUCCAUGUGCCAAGAGGACGGCGCGUCGGCACAUUCCUCUUUGCCCAUGUCUUCUUCCCGCCGGACAUCACAG